UAUGAACUCAACAAAACUCAUCACAUUUCAAUUUCAACACCAAAAGAAUUAAAGAAGAGAGAAAUAAAUAUGGGGAAAGUGUCAAUAAUGAUGAUGGUUUUAGUUGUUUUAUGUUUAGUUGGGGAUGUUUUAUGUAAGUCCAAAAAACCGCACAAGUCUACAAGUACUGAAUUUGAUUUUUUCUACUUCGUGCAGCAGUGGCCAGGAGCAUAUUGUGAUGCAAAAGGGAGGAAAUGUUGUUUCCCAGGUAGCGGGAAGCCAACAACAGAUUUCUCAAUCCAUGGACUUUGGCCUAAUUACAACGAUGGUAGUUACCCAUCCAAUUGUGAUAGUAGUAACCCUUUUGAUGAAUCUCAGAUAGACGAGUUGGAGAGCAAGCUAGAAACAGAUUGGCCAUCACUAGCAUGCCCAAACGUAGGACCCAAGUUUUGGGCACAUGAGUGGAACAAACAUGGGACUUGUUCAUCCUUUUCAAGCCAACAAGAGUACUUCCAAGCAGGACUAGACCUCAAAGAAAAAACUAACCUUCUUCAAGCCCUCAAGGAUGCCAACAUUGAGCCUAACGACGAGUUCUAUAACGUCGAGGACAUGAAGGAAGCCAUGAAGGAGAAGAUCGGAUUCUAUCCAUGGAUUGAAUGCAACCGUGAUUCCGAAGGAAAUAGCCAGCUUUACCAGGUCUAUAUUUGUGUACAUGCUAAUGGUAAGGACCUUAUCAAAUGUCCCGUGCUUCCUCGUGGAAAUUGUGCUUCUAGAGUACAAUUUCCUAAAUUUUAAGGCACCUAAUUUGUAUGUGUGAUUAUUUAGGGCCUUGGUAAUUCCUCGAAUUUGGUGAAUUGUUUUCUCACCAAUUCAAACAUUUGUAACUUCUUAUUGCUUUUUUAAUUCAACGAUUCAUAUUGUGAAAUGAAAAUUUUACCACUACACCAAA